GUCUCUGCACUAGUUUCGAAGCAUGUGAACUGUAACAGUUUCGAUUCCGGGAUUCACCUUAACCAAAUAACAUCCUCCAUCACUUACACAUACAUAACCAACAGUACAAUACAAUGCCUUCUCUCAAAGAAUCAUAUGAAGCAGGACUUGAUUUUCUUGCGUUUUUGGGGGAGAGGAGAUCCAAAACAGACAAAACCGAGCUUCGGGACAUUUACAACUUGGAGUUUAAAAGGAAUAGAAGCAAAGUACCCAGCUUUUCCAGUGUGGUCUAUGCCUUAAAAACGUUUAAUAAAGCCAGAACAAAGUCUGGGAAAGUGAUUUUAAAUGGCAAACCAAAGAAGAAAACCAAUGCAUCCGCCCCGGAUUCAAUCCCAGCAUCCUCUUCCUCCUCCCCUCCAAAAAAGCCGGUCCUGACCGGGAAGAAGAAGCUCGCUGCAGAUAUUCUCAGCCAACUCAAAGUGAAACGUGCUGAGCUCAUCAAAGACAAAUGGGGUGUUGAAAUAACCUCUGAGCCCAAGUGCACCAAUGGGAAGGUUACUUUUAUUAUCAAGGAGAUGGGGAAGCUGUUUGUGGUGAAGUUUCACAUCGUAAACCGAGGUCAAAGCUGUGUCUACUUCAGAUACUACACAGCUCUGCACAAGAUGCGUUGCUUAACUCUAGUAGACGACCGGAAAGUAAACCGUGUUUCGCCUCUUCUCCUCUGUCCGGGUGAGAGUUAUGAUGUUAAAGCCCAUUACAAAGUACAACAUCCCGGACACUUUCCAGCCACCAUUUGCUUUGAGUUCUGCCCCGAGUCUGAGCCCCCGGGUACUGCUAAACCCUUUUAUAUAGUCCGGGAAAUGAUGGCUGUGGUCCAGACCCAGCUAGCUGCAGAACUGGGCCCAAAGAGUCCAUAUGACCCCAAACAGAACAGACGCCCUCGUCCUAAAGACAGGAUUGUGGAAGUAGGGGUUCCACCUGAGAGUUCUGUCAUACAUGCCCUUAAGCCUAUGGUAAAGGUGAAUCCUUAUUAUUACCCUGGCUACCUGAAGGUGUUGGCCAAACACAAGCUGGAGGAUUCAGAGCGCCUUCCAGCCCCAGUAAGACAGCAACUUCCCAGAUUGAGACGCGUCUUGGAAACCGAGCUGUGCAUGAAGAUCUACAAAGAGCGCUUUCAUCUUCUCUUACACCUGGAGGAGAUACAGAUGGAGGUGGACAUUAAGAAGUAUGACCUUUACGGUCAGACCAUGACCCAAGACAUACUACACAAGAAGUUGCUGGUUCUAAAAGUGCCAGGAGUUGCAGAGAACAGACCUUCUGUGUUAAGAGGAGAUCAGCUCCACGUCUAUGUGUCAGGAGACAAGAGCAAACCUGUCACGGUUUAUGAGGGUCACGUCCAUCGUGUCGAGCUAGACAGAGUUAAAUUAGGCUUCAAUAGAAAGCUUCUCCAGAAGUUUGUCAGCAAAAUGAAGUUCGACGUGGAGUUUAACAUCAACCGCUUCCCUAUUAAGCUCCAGCACAGAGCGGUGGAGCUCGCUGCCCAGCAUGACCUGGGUAAAGUUCUGUUCCCCACAGAUAAUGGCAUCCAACAGACUACACUGCCAAAACUCAGAAUGUUCAACAAAGAUUUGGAGAAGAACCCGGAGCAGAAGGCAGCGGUCCAGCACAUCUUGGCGGGCACAUCUAAACCAGCACCUUACCUGAUCUUUGGACCUCCUGGCACUGGCAAAACCGUCACACUGGUGGAAGCCAUAAAACAGGUAAAUAAGUCUGUCGACAAGGCUCAUAUCCUUGCUUGUGCGCCUUCAAAUAGUGCCUGUGAUCUGUUGUGUGAGAGGUUAUUAGGAUUCGUGGACGGGCAUCGCCUCUAUCGCCUAUAUGCACCAAGUAGAGACCAGCGCACUGUACCAAAGAAACUUCUUAAACACAGCAACUGGAAUGAAACUCAGGAUGGUUUCGUUUUACCCACUAGAGAAGAUGUGAUGAAGUACAGAGUCAUCGUGGUUACCUUGGUCACCGCAGGAAGGCUUGUGUCAGGAGGCGUCCCUAAGGGCCACUUCACGCACAUUUUUAUAGAUGAAGCCGGACAGGCCGUGGAGCCGGAGUGCGUCAUCGGGAUAGCGGGUUUGCUAGAUCCUACGAAGGGCCAGUUGGUAUUGGCCGGAGACCCUCAGCAGCUUGGCCCCAUCCUGAGAUCACCACUGACACAACUAUAUGGAAUGGGUCAGUCGCUGCUGGAAAGGCUGAUGAAACAGAAUGUGCUUUAUCAGAAGAUCCAAGAUGGCCACCCAAGAUAUGACAGUCGCUUUGUCACCAAGCUUCUCCAGAAUUACAGGUCUCACCCUGCCAUCCUCACCGUCCCAAAUGAGCUUUUCUAUGAAAAUGAGCUGCAGGUGUUUGCAGAUCAAAUGGAGCGAGAGGCCUUCUGUCACUGGGAGCAUCUCCCCAAGAAGGGAUUUCCUCUUUUAUUUCACGGAGUGAUGGGGAAAGAUGAAAGAGAGGCCAACAGUCCUUCAUUCUUCAAUGUGACUGAGAUUGAGGUCAUCAUCAGCUACCUUAAAAAGCUCAUGGAGACGCAGGGCAAGAAGGGCCUGCCAAAACUCAAUGACCAGGACAUCGGCAUCAUUGCCCCUUACAGGAAACAGGUGGAGAAAAUACGGAAAGCUCUCAACAGUGUUGGAGAGUUGAGCCAGUGGAAAGGGAUGAAGGUGGGGUCAGUGGAAGAGUUUCAGGGUCAGGAGAGAAAGGUCAUCAUAGUCUCUACUGUUCGCAGCAGCGUCAACUAUGUGCAGAUGGACCAAGACUUCAACAUUGGCUUUCUUUCGAAUGAGAAGCGGUUUAAUGUGGCCAUGACUCGAGCCAAAGCCCUGCUCAUUGUGGUGGGAAACCCAGUCAUCUUAAACAAAGAUCCUACUUGGCAGAGGUUUAUCCGGUACUGUGAGCUUCAGCAGGGUUAUACCGGCUUCGAUUUCAAGGAUGCCGACGGAGAAGAGGACUUGGUCUCUUGCCUGGCAUCUUUGAAAAUCACCUCUGAUGAUAUCGAGGAGAGCCCACUACAACAGCACGUGCACACGGAGUGGAGAGGUGAACAUUGAGGACCAACAAGCAAAUCAGACAAUCAGUUUACUUCCAGUUCAGGAGAAAGCAGACAAUUCAUUAAACGAGAACUUUUCAUCUUUCUGCAAUUCAAAGAUACAACUGGUUUUAUUAGUAUUACCAACAAUCUAAUCAAUAGUAUGAAGUUUUUACCUAUGGAGAGAUUUUAUUGUUUAUGCAAUACGUGUUCAACAUUGACAGUAUUAUUUGCUUUCAUUAGUAAACACUGUAAAGAUCUGAAACACACAAUGCUUGACAUCUGACCAAUUUCACCAGAUCAUUACAAAUUAUGCAACAACUUGUUUACUAAAUGAUCAAAUGUUAUGUUUUUAUUAUUUUCAUUUUAUUUUUGAAUCAUUUCAGCUAAUCCCGGUUAGGCGCACUUAAUUUAAGCAGAGUUUAUAUAUAUAUAUAUUUCAAAUGAUGCUUUGCACUUUACUGUAAAUUAUGAAUGUUUCUAGCAAAUAAAUGGGUUAUCACAAUAUUUUUAUAAUGGGAUUAAAUAAACAAACAAAAAACA